AUGAGCCGGGUAAAAUCAACAAAACCACCACCACCACCACCAUCUCCAUUGAUGGAUCCAGUUUCUGUUCCUUUGGAGAAACUUAACCUCAAUUACUUCCCUGGUUCUAAGAUGCCUGAUUGGCUGAUGCAGUGGGAUUUGAAUAAACUAAAGAAGCUCUAUAUCCGGGGUGGAAGCCUCUCAAAUCUGUGUCACGGAAAACAAUGCAAAUGGGGUGCCACAAAUGUACGCUUUAAGUUCUUGGAAAAGUUGCAGAUGGAUUGGUCAAAACUGCAAGACUUGUUUCCAGACCUCACGUACUUGGAGAUAUUCGAGUGUCCUGAACUCAGUUCCAUCCCAUGUGAUGAGAAUGGUGUGUGGAAAAAGGCAGACUGA